AUCAAAUGCUACACUGGAAGAGUUUAAGGAAAAUCAUGAACACAUACUCUUUAGAGAUACACAGAUUUAUAAUAGACUUUGGGAAUGCUGGAUACAGUAUGAGAAAUGGCUUCACAACUAUAUUGCACGCGAAGGAAACCAUUCCAAGAUAUUAUAUUAGAACUUUGAAAUGGGAGGAACGUCAAGUAAAUCACAUAAAAGCUCUUUAGCAAUCCUUGAAAGAAAGCUUACUGAAUCGGAAGAAGACACGUUAACAGACUUUGCAAUUACUGGAUAUGAGAAAUGUAAACUAAAGCUUAGCGACUCAGAAAUCAAAGAACAUCAGGAGGAGAUUAUAUCCAAAGUAAGGAGACUGUGUGAUAAACUUGGAGAACUUUAUCCUGUGUUUGCAGUUGGUGAUAUUCUACCAAAUGGAAGUUAUUUCAAUGGCAGCAAAAUCAUAUACCCUGAUGAAUGCGACCUGCUGCUAGUAUUUAAACAUAUUUCUGUAGGGAAUGAUGUAUAUAUUAAAUCAGAUCUGAACAAUCGUGUAAACGUGAAGAUUUACAAUAAAAGUCUGAAAAAACAAAUCAAAGAAAUAACACCAUUGCUGUCAUUGGGAGGAAUAGUUGGUAAAUACAAACUUACGUACCAUAUAAAAUAUUUACUCCAGAGUGCAAUCCAUACCUGUCUAUCCCAACUGGAAGGUAUUCACUACGUAGGGAAGAGGAGACUAGGACUAACCAGUAGUGAAUGGGACUGCUUGAACAGAUUGAGACUACUUCAUCAGGAGGGGUCUACAUCUUUAUACAAAGACAUUAUAGAGAGUUACAAAAUACCAGAUAAGUUGAAAGAUAGAUGCAGGAAUGGAACAUAUGACCCCAACUUAUCUCCCGAUACAGUUGAACUAGAUAAAUUGAUACAUGGACCAUGUGUAAGAAUAAGGCUCGGCGGUGGUAAAUAUACAACAGACAUUGACCUUGGGUUCUGUAUAGAAGACGGUAGGCAUUUAAUCCUACCAUAUAAUGACGGAGAUACAUUUAUGAAUGAUGAAACACAAUGGACUCAGUCUGUCUAUAACAGUAAACAUAAACUUGACAAACAGCACAACAAGCUGCUGAUGCUAUUGAAACUCCUCAUUCUUGAAUGUCAUCUAGUCCCUGAUAGCUCCACUUACAGCUCACAUGCACUGAAGACCCUUGUGCUACAUCACCAGGCAAAAUGUUCAUCUAGUGAGCGAUCACUGGGAGGUUGCCUUUGUAUUGUAGCUCACCAUGUAUUUGAAUUCUAUGAGAUGAAGGAGGAGGAUCAAUACUUGUGGAUAUAUGACAGUGAGAAGAAACUGUCAGAUGUUGAUUUUCCAGGGGCCGCUGAUGUACAAACAGGAAGAGCUUUUGGACGCAGGACUGAGAAUUACUGGAUAAUGCCAGUAGUUCUCUAUGUCGUGAUACGUGCACUGAGAUCUGGCUGCUGUACAGGAGAGGAGGCUCUAAAUGUGGACAGAUGGUUAAUCAUAUCUGAACUGUGGAAAAACAAGGAAAAGAGUGGUUUUGUUAAGGAAUAUUCUAGGAAGUGCAAGAUACAAAGCCAAAAAAUUGAUGAAUUAAUAACCAGAUUUUAUAGCAAGUAACACUUGGUCUCACAAUAAAAUGGCGUUUUGACACACAUUAAUUAACCAUUGUUUAGAAUAGGUAAUUCCUUCGAGGGUUUUAAAGAUAUCCAUUAUGGGUGACCAAAAUGAAGCUCAAAGCAAUGGAUCGCAUGAGUUUUCCCCAUGGGAAAAUAACAUGGGAAUAUUGUUUUUCCACUUUAUCUAAAACUGAAUAUAUAUUAUUACUUAUUUCCUAUAAAGGGAUUUACUUUGUCUCAAAACGCAACAUAUUAAAUUGAUGCAACAAAAAUUGAAAAAGCAGAGGUGGAAGGGGUUGAAAUGAGGACAACAUUUCAUAAACAUAUCAAAUAUGAAUGAAAUCGCUCUAUACAACUUUUUCAGAUACAGCAAAAAAUCAUAAAAUACCGUGUAAUGGCCACUAUUUUCAAGAUAUGGACGCCAUGUGUUUUUUAAUUU